UUGUGACAAAACCAAUAUAUUUUGACCCCGACAUUGAUGAGGAAUCUGACAGUUCACGAAACUUUUAACAUAUUAAAGAUAUUUUCUUCACUGCAGAGAUAAUGUCUUAUGAUUUUAAAAGAAAUCACGUUAUAUAAACGUUCUUUAUCGAUUCUUGCUUAAUUAUUACUUGUUUGUUUUUUUCAAGACUUAAUUGAAACUUAAACCAAAAAGGGGUGGUGACACUGGUGUUGACAAUACGCAUUGUUUGCAGAUAGCGCUUUAAAUAAAGUGCUUCAGCUCACGUGUGUUGAAUGGGAGCAUUAUCGUUAUCGUAGCACCUUUUUUAUGAAUUAGCAGGGCAAUGUCAUCUUAUACUAUUGUGUAGUAUUCAAUAAAAAAAUUACAUUAUAAUACACAAUAUUAUUUAAGUUAUACAGUGUGUAAUGCAACUUGGACAGUGAUAGUCAUUGUUUCAUCGAAAUGCAUUUCUCAAUCCCUGAUACACAGGAGAUAAAUGAUGGAUCUGGAUCAACGUAUACAAGUUUUAACAUUCAUAUCAAUGGAGUUUUCCACUGCACAGCAAGAUUCAGCUUGCUGCACAGUUUUCAUGAACAGCUGAAAAAGGAAUUUGGUGUCAAUAGCUUGCCCCCCUUUCCACCGAAGAAGCUUUUCCAGGUAACUGGGCCAAAACUGGAAGAAAGAAGGCAAAUGCUGGAACGAUAUAUCCAGAUAGUAAGCCAAGAGGUUGUUAUUGCAAACAGUGAUAUUUUCAACCAGUUUUUACUCACUGCACAGCAGGAGACCCAAAAAGAAGAGCCAGAAAAUGUUUCCUUGGACAUUUACCUGAUGAAUGACCACAAGAUUUCCAUCUCAAUAAUUUCCACUGACCAGACAGAAGAUGUGCUUGAGGCAGCUUCAUCUCAAAUAGACUUGCCAGAAGACUUUGUGUAUUACUUUGGGUUGUAUCUGGUCCAAAAGGAAGAAAGUGGGGACACGUCUAUUGUCCGGAAGCUCCAGGACUUUGAAUCCCCGUAUAUUUCACUCAAGUCUGCAACUAAGCAGGCUUUCCAUAGGGUUGUACUUAGAAAAAGUUUCUGGGACACUGGUUUUGAUGAUGACUUGUUAGCAAAUAAAGUCGCAAUGAACCUCUUGUAUGUUCAGGCUGUGAGCGACAUUGAGAGAAAGUGGGUGUAUGCCACGAAAGAACAACUGGAGCAUUUGAAGUCUCUUCAACAGAAGGGAUCCAAGAGAGAGUUUUUGCGGUUGGCUCGGACCCUGAAGCACUACGGUUACAUGCAGUUCCACCCGUGUGUGGCAGACUACCCCCAGCCUGACUCUUCAGUAUUAAUAUCAGCAGGAAAUAAGGAACUCAACUUCCAAGUACAGUUGAAACCGGACAUAGUUAAGGAGGGAUCAUUCAAGAUCACAAGAAUCCGGUGCUGGAGAAUUACCACAACUGUGGCUGACAAGGAACCAGAGCAAGACAACACAAACCUGGAGUUGUCCUUUGAAUACCUCAUGGCUCGAGACACAUUGCAAUGGAUCACAGUACAGUCUCAACAGGCAAUCUUAAUGAGCAUGUGCCUCCAAGGAAUGGUGGAAGAGCUGAUUACGAAGAAACAGGGAAAGAAAAUGAAAAAGCCAUCAGAUAGAGCAAAGAGGGGGAAGCGAACAUUUGCAAGGGAAAACAGCUUUGCUUCUGGUCUGUCUCAUCAGAAUAGUACAGAGAGAGAUGACAAGCACCUGUCAAAACCUGUCCCUAGACUGGUCACCAGACAGGUCAACUUCUCUGACUUCAAAUCGGGUAAAAGUAAAGGAGGCCAAAAUGGAGACUCAGUGGGGAACAGUGCAUUUGAUGCUGCUAUCGGAGAUGAAGAUCUCUAGUCACAAAUGUUCUGGAGAAAUAGAGGGUGAGAAUGGUCUUGAGCUGGUCUGCCUCUCACCCUAGUGGGCGUGCUGGUUCUCCCAGGGAUGUUCUCUUGGGCCCUCAAAAAAGAAAUGAGUACUGUUUUGUAACUUAAAAGAUUAUAGCUGACUUCACAAUUAUGCUAUAAUGAAUGAGUAUAUGAACUAACAAAGAAAACAUUACCUAGUGCAGAGAUAUAUCAGCAAUAAGGUGUUCAAGCAGCACAUUAAGACCAACACAUGUGUGUAUCUAGAGGAUGUAAUUCACCUCUAGACUUUACUUAUUAUUGUAAUAUGUAGCAAGGACUUUUGAUUGGAAAACUAACUGAUUUAGCCUAGUUAAAUAAAGGUUUGGGAUAUUUUAUGGUUUGCCAUUUACUCGAUCCUUCUUGUAACACUAAGGUACCUUUACAAGACUAUAAUACUGAUAAAACAUUUUAUUAAGAAAUAUGUUGAUGGACUUUUGUGCACUUUUUAUGAUGCAUUUAGUUUUCAGUACACAGUUCCACCAAUGUUUGUUUUAACUCACCUUACUUAAACAUUUAUAAUAUAAAGCCCUCCUUCAAAGAAGCAGUGGUAUAUUGCUUUGCUCAUGUUGGUUUGUUGGUCAGUAGAUAAGACCAUUAUCCAAAUGAUAACUAUAGAGUACACUUGGGCCUUAGGUCCUCUUAUUUGAAUGGGAGGUUGGUUAUGACCAGCAGAUGACCCUGAUUGAUUUUGAGGUCAAUGGUCAUGUUGACCUUAAACACAAAUAGCUUGUCCAUUGAUAACUAAGGUCCUUAAAGAUGGAAGGAAGAUUGGUCAUGACCUGCAGAGGACCAAUAUUGAAAUGAACAUCAGUCCGUCAAAGGUUAAAGUCACAGUGACCUUAAACACAAAAACUUCUGUCUGAUAUAAGGAGAACCUUGCAUCUUCUGUAACAAACCUGGUGGGUCUUGACCUGUUGAUCCCUGUUGAAAGACAAAAGGUCAAGGUCACCAGAUUAAACAUGAGUUACCUUUAAAAAGAGGUAAUUUUAUAAAUUGUUAAAAACUUGAUGUUUUGCUUGAAAGAUACAAGAAUUUGACCAUUGUCAUAUUAUUAUAAACAUAUUGGUGACCUCUUCAAUUUAACUUUUAACAACUACAUGUAUCUGUAUUAUAAUUUGUAUUACAUGUGUUGUACAUAUUGUUAACUUUAUGUUAUCCAUGUUACUCAUUUGAUGCUCUCAGGAGGAAUAUACUUUUUUUACUGGAAUCUAAAACUUUUAUAACAACUUUUAGAACAGGUCAAUAACUAGACCGACUAUCCUCAAAUUUGGAAGGGAUGUUGGUCAUAACCUUAAGUUACCUAACAGAUAUUGAAUGCAAAAGGACUUAGUUGAUGCUAUAAGGAGGGAAUAAAUGUUUUACAAACAUCGCUUGUUAAAUGUUGAUUUAAGGAGUACUGUUCAUUAUGAUGGCUCUUAGCGCAGGAUCAAACAUUUUAGUUUGGCAAUAGUUUCAUGUACACCUAGAAAGCUAUUCUUAAUUUAUCUUUUGUCAAGAAACUUUUUGAAACAAGUUUAUGACAAUAAAAGUGUCUGUCUGUGUGCCUGCCUGCCUGCCUGCCUGCCUGCCUGUCUGUCUGUCUGUCUGUCUGUCUGUCUGUCUUAUGUCAAAUGUACUCUUCAAUAGUGUUAGGAUGUGGACUAUACAUGUCAAAGUUAAAUGCAGUUGUUGAGUUAAUUACUAAAUGUGAUAUCUUUUAUAGAUACAUGAAUGUGAUAUCUUUUAUAGAUACAUGUAUAAUGUAAACAUGUUUUAUUUUUUCAAAAAAUGACUGCUAGUAUUAACCUGGGUUAUAAAUGACAACAAGUUUUUUCCUAGAUUAUGCAUGGUUUUAAAUGACUAUAAGUAUUUUCCUGGAUUAUGCAUGGUUUUAAAUGACUACAAGUAUUUUCCUAUGGAUUAUGCAUGGUUAUAAAUGACUACAUGUUAUUUUUCCUAUGGAUUGUGCAUUGGUAUACAUGACCUGCAAGUAUUUUCCUGGAGUAUGCAUUGUUAUAAACGAAUAUAAGUAUUUUUGGAUGGAUUAUGCAUAAUUAUAAAUGACUGCAAGUAUUUAACUUGAUUAUGCAUGGUUAUAAAUGACUGCAAGUAUUUUACUGGAUUGUGCAUGGUUAUAAAUGACUACAAGUAUUUUCCUGGAUUAUGCAUUGUUAUAAAUGAAUAUAAGUAUUUUUGGAUGGAUUGUGCAUGGUUAUAAAUGACUGCAAGUAUUUUACUGGAUUAUGUAUAGUUAUAAAUGACUGAAAGUAUUUUACUGGAUUGUGCAUGGUUAUAAAUGACUGCAAGUAUUUUACUGGAUUAUGCAUAGUUAUAAAUGACUGCAAGUAUUUUACUUGAUUGUGCAUGGUUAUAGAUCACUGCAAGUAUUUUCUAGAUUUUGCAUGGUUAUAAAUGACUGCAAGUAUUUUACUGGAUUAUGCAUAGUUAUAAAUGACUGCAAGUAUUUUACUUGAUUGUGCAUGGUUAUAGAUCACUGCAAGUAUUUUCUAGAUUUUGCAUGGUUAUAAAUGCAUUGAUAUUGUUGGUAUGUUUUAAGUUGAUAUUGUUGGUAUGUUUUAAGGUCACAUAAGGAAGGUACUCAAGGUGAGCUAUUGUGAUCUGUCUAUGUCUUGUCGUCCAGCUUCAACAAUUGCUUAUAAAUAUCAUCUUCUCUGAAACGGCUUGAACAAUGAAACUUUAUAGGAAUGAUCCGUGGUUGGUGCUCUUAAAAAAUUGUUCAAAGAAAUGAAUUCCAUGGCAAGGGAAAAACUACAAAACUUUUCUUGACAAAAAUCAUGAGGCCUAGAGGUUAGAUAUUUUGUAUGUAACAUUGUCUAGUAGUUGUCUACCAAGUUUGUUCUUAUUAUGCCCCAGGGGUCAAAAUUGGCCCCACCCUGUUGGUUUAAAUUUCAAUAUAAAUUUUGUUAAAAUCUGAUAGUUAUGUUAAGUUUACUCUUGAAGCAAGGGAAGCAAUCUUGCUUAUAUGGUCUCCCUUUCUUUUGGAGAUAACAUUAUUGUCUAUUUUUAGUUGUCUAUUUUUAGUGACAAGGGAAUAUAUUUUAAAUUUUAAUAAUUCUUCAAAGAAGUCACUUCUAAGGUAAUAAUUGUUCUUUUUGUAUGUUUAUAGCUUAAAGUAAUUAUUAUAUUUAUAAUUAUUAUGUCUCUUUGUUCUCUGUUUUAACUCAAUGAUGAAUUUAAUUAUCAGACUUUUCCAUUGAACUACAUGUAGACCAUUGAAAGGUACAAUAUUAUAUUUUAUGUGGUUAGUGAAUACACCUUAUAAACACAAGAAUUUGAUUCUCAUGUACAUAAGAAAAUCUAUGUUGUGUUGGAUGGAAGAACCUAAUAUAUGUGCAGUUUUAUCAAAUCCUGCGAGUUUAAUGUAGUUGAAUGCUUUUAUUGGAUGGUGCACUGUCCGUCGUUUGUGUGUCUGUACUCAACACAUUGCUUGUGAACAUCAAAUUAUGCCCCUGUGGUCAAAAGUAGCCACACCCCCAGGUUUCCUGUGGGCUUAUAUAGGGUAUUCUCGAAAAUCUUCCUGUCUGAAACUGAUAGGCCCAGACCUUUAAUAAUUUGUUACAAGCAUCAUAAAAAUUAUAGUGGUCCUAUAAACACCAAGAUUGUGCAAAUUAUACCCCUUGGGUCAAAGUCGGUCCCACCCUUUUUUACCUACUGUCUUAUUUUUGAAACUACAGCAAAAACAUUUUGACCAUGUUCACAGUUCUGUAAACAACUAACAGUGUUGUGCUUGGAUGACCUUGACUUUGACCUGUUGAUGUACUAUCUUUUUUUUGAAGCUACAGCAUUGAAAUCUGGACAAUGUGUACAGUUUUGAAAACAAAUAUCAAUGCUGUGCUUGGAUGACCUUAAUUGUAACCUUUUGAUCUUUCUUAUUGUUGAAGUUUCUGUUAUGAAUUUUUCGAGCAUGUGUACAGUUUGGAAACAUAAUCAAUAUUGACAUUGUCAGGUGACCUUUUGACCUACUUCCUUAUUUUUGAAGCUACAGUUUUGAAAUUUGGACCAUAUGUACAGCUUUGAGAACAAAUAUCAAGUUUUAUUGAUUACAAAGGUUUACUUUACACUUCACACUUUACUCAGGUGAGCAAUUUAGGGCGAUCAUGGUCCUCUUGUAUUGGUAACAUGACUGUCAGUUAACAAUUAUUUAUAAAGUAUAUAUUAUAUGUAAGUAUAUUUUAGAAUAUUUAAAGUUACAUAAAUGUUUAUGAAAUAUGAUUAUGUUUGACUAAAAAGGGCAUGCCUUUGUAUAUAUCUGUUUUGAUAUUAUUAUAUGUCCAUGUGUUUCAAUGACCAUUCAUGCUAAUUCUUUCCUUUCAAAACACACAUUCCAUUUUAAUUUGCUUGUACAUUUAAUUUCUACAUUUCUAAAUUGUACAUUUAUGUCAAAAAGUUCAUGUGUUAUGUUUCCUUUUCAAGCUUAAAUUGCGUAUGCACUUUAGUUUAGAUUUGUGCCUUGAUUGUUAUUUGUAUGAAUCCUUCUAGAAUCAAGGUUCUUUUACAGUUAAGAAGCAAUGUUUUAGUGACAAACACUUUUAGUUAUGUACAUUAGAUUAAUGUAAGAAUUACAUUGCUAGAAUUGCUAAAGUUAAUUGCAAUUAAUGCUAGAAUUGCUAGCGUAAACAGAAUUAAUAUUUUUUUUCAAAACCAUCAUGUAAGAUUUUCUUUAUUUAUUGCAAAACAAAUUACUCCAUGAAAAUACAUGAUGAUAACUGUUUACAUUAAGAGUGUGUGCACAUUUACAAAGAAGACCGUCAUGUUUUAUGACAUGUAACUUUUGCUAUUAAUUGGUUGUGAAUAAGUGUUUUGGCCAAAUAUCAAGUGUUUGAAGAUCAGCAGAUAUUAUAAGUUUGAAAUUGAUAGCAGCAAAACAUCCUUGAUAACUGUACACAUCUCGGGUAUAUACCAAAAUAUACUGAAUUUGGACUUUGUUUUAAAAGUAGACUAAUGUUUUCCAUUGUUUUAUUUUAUACUAAAAUUUCACAAUAUUAAUAGUCAAACACAUCUUGGUUGUAAGCAGUUUGAAAAUGAUGUUUUAUUUUUGAAUUAUGUCUUUACAGUUCUCACAUUGAAUUACGUUUCUUAUUGUACUGUUUUGUUCUGUUUGUACCAUUCAUGUUCAGCACAUUUAGUCCUAUAAAAGACCUUCAUUCUGUGUGUUUAUUUUCAUGUGUUCUGGAACUGACAUAAUGAACAAUCCAGUUAUGUGUUCUCCAUGCAGAUUUCAGAGCAGUUAAUUGUGCUUGAUAUCCUAUGAAAUGGAUUGGUUUAAAUGUGUUCAACAUAUUUGCACUGAUUGCCUUUGUUUGUUGAAUUGUUAGAAAACUAGACAAUAUCAUUUUUGUGUCAUACUUGAGUGUAUUCAAUUUUGAUUAUGGUAAUUUUUUUAAUUUCAAUCUGUGUUUCUAAAAUAUAUUUCAGAGUUUUGUUUAUAUUCUUUAUAUUCUUAAAUGUAACAUUUGUUACAGUAAACAAACUUCACUAGUUCAUGAGUACUCAUUUAAGGUAAAACAUGCAUGCCCUCCUUAUAGUACAUAUUACAAUAUGAAACUUAUUUGCAACGAUAAACUCAUUACAAUUGACACAUAACUCGGCCUUAGUACAUGCUCGUACAGCCUAUAUUAUAAUGAGAAAUAACUGCUUCUAUUUUAGAUUAUUGCAAUGUAAAUUGUGCCAAAUAACCAUAAUAAAUCAAAUAAAGUGGAA